UUUGUAACUGUUCGAGUGGAAGGCCUCCAAAAGUCGUCAAACUGUCUUAAAGCGGGUCGAUUUCAGCUUCCACUUACAGCUUCCAACCUCUUCUCAGACGAAUCCAUGGCGGCCGAACGCAAUCCUUUGUUAGAAGAUUUCGUUUUUCCACCGUUCGAUGUGAUCGAGCCCAAACACAUCCGUCCCGCCUUCCGAUCGCUCUUAGCGAAACUGGAGAGUGAUUUGGUUGAGUUGGAGACUACAGUUGAGCCAACAUGGCCUAAAUUGGUUGAACCAUUGGAAAAGAUCAUAGAUAGAUUGUCAGUUGUUUGGGGAAUUGUAAAUCAUCUCAAUUCUGUGAAGGACUCACCUGAGCUGCGAUCUGCCAUAGAAGAAGUUCAGCCAGCAAAGGUUGAAUUUCAGCUCAGGUUGGGCCAAAGCAAACCCAUUUAUAAUGCAUUCAGAGCUAUUCGAGAAUCUUCAGAUUGGGAAGCUCUGAAUGAUGCUCGUAAGCGCAUUGUGGAAGCUCAAAUAAAGGAGGCAGUUCUUAAUGGUGUUUCUCUUGAAGAUAAUAAAAGAGAAUACUUCAAUGAAAUUCAACAGGAGUUGGAAAAGCUAUCACAGAAGUUUGAGGAAAAUAUUUUGGACUCCACAAAGCAGUUUGAAAAAUUAAUCACAGAUAAGAAAGACAUUGAAGGGUUGCCUGCUACUGCACUUGCAAUGGCUGCAGAAAUGGCAUUGUCCAAGGGACAUAAAGAUGCUACAGCUGAAAAUGGGCCAUGGGUACUUACGUUGGAUGCUCCAAGCUAUCGCUCUGUUAUGCAACAUGCACGGAAUCGAUCUUUACGUGAAGAAGUAUACCGUUCUUAUGUUGCUCGUGCAUCAAGUGGAGAUCACAAUAACACACCAAUUAUUGCACGAAUUUUGAAGCUUAAAUUGGAGAAGGCAAAGCUUCUUGGCUACAAUAAUUAUGCUGAGGUAAGCAUGGAAAUGAAAAUGGCUACCAUAAAUAAAGCAGAGGAGCUUAUAGAGGACCUUCGAAGUGCUUCUUGGAAUGCCGCAAUUCAAGACAUGGAAGACCUUGAAAAUUUAGCUAAAGCUCAAGAUGCUAUAGAGGCUAAUGAUUUGAAGCAGUGGGACAUCAACUUCUGGGGUGAGAGACUCCGUGAGUUGAAGUAUGAUAUAAAUGAGGAAGAGUUACGUCCAUUUUUCUCAUUACCAAAGGUUAUAAAUGGUCUCUUUAACCUUGCAAAGAUGCUGUUUGAAAUUGACGUUGAGCCAGCAGAUGGCCUAGCUCCAGUUUGGAACAAUGAUGUCAAAUUUUAUUGCGUCAAAGAUUCUCUAGGCAUUCCGAUAGCAUACUUUUACUUUGACCCAUAUGCUCGUCCUUCAGAAAAACGCGGUGGGGCAUGGAUGGAUGUUGUUUUUGGUCGUGGUAGCACAUUUUCACGUGAUGGUGCAUCUCCUAGGUUGCCUAUUGCACAUAUAGUGUGCAAUCAAACACCACCAAUGGGUGACAAGCCAAGCCUUAUGACCUUCCGUGAGGUACAUACAAACACACUGCAUCUCAGGUCCAGUAGUUUGACUUCUGGCUUUCAGGUUGAAACUGUCUUCCAUGAGUUUGGCCAUGCCCUUCAGCAUAUGUUAACCAAGCAAGAUGAAAGUCUUGUUUCAGGUUCUCGAGGGAUAGAAUGGGAUGCUGUUGAAUUAGCUUCUCAGUUCAUGGAAAAUUGGUGCUACCAAAGGGACACUUUGAUGAGCAUUGCCAAACACUAUGAAACUGGUGAAAGUCUUCCUGAAGAAACAUGUCUGAAACUGCUUUCGGCAAGGACUUUUCGUGCAGGGUCUCUGAUGCUUCGUCAGCUACGGUAUGCAAGUGUAGAUCUGGAGCUUCAUACAAAAUACAUUCCAGAUGGGUCAGAAACCAUCUAUGAUAUUGAUCAAAGAGUUGGUAGAAGGACAAAUGUGAUCCCUCUACUGCCAGAGGACAAGUUUCUUUGUAGUUUCAGCCAUAUCUUUGCAGACAAGUAUGCAGCUGGAUAUUACAGUUACCAGUGGGCAGAGGUGUUGUCUUAUGAUGCUUUCUCAGCAUUUGAGGAGGCUGGGUUGGAUAAUGUCAAGGCCGUCAAAGAAUUGGGGCACAGGUUUAGAGAAACCAUACUUGCAGUUGGUGGUGGAAAAUCACCAGACCAGGUUUUUGUAGAAUUCCGAGGGCGGGAACCUUCGCCAAAGGCACUGCUCAGAUAUACUGGCUUAUCACCGGUAACGGCUGAAGCUUGAAGUCUUAUUUUAAAAUCAAGUUUUGGGACUUGGAAGUUGGAAGAACAUCUAUAUUUGUUGUUCCUUCAAUCUCGGACUUUAGGGUUUUAACGGUAAAGUAAAACUGCCAUUUAAAAACCUCCAUUAAAAUGAUUAAAGAAAUGUAUUGAUAAUAUUACAAAUUUGACAAAAUUUUAAAAUUAUUGUUAAAAUGAAUGUUAAAGUUAACUUACUAUUUGGACGGCUAA